AUGAAAGCAUUUUCUAUUUUAGUUGAUAAUUCUAAAUCACUUUAUUCAUGGAUUUACAUUUUAUUAUUAUCUCAUACAAACACAUCUCUUUUCUUUGACAAGAUCUCAAACAAAGUUGAAAGUGAUAUUCUUUCUCUUGCACGCAAAGGCGACAUCACAUAUUUCGAACCAUUUUACAAACAGAAAAGUAUCGAAAUCAGUCUAGUUAUUUCAUCUAUUAAUGUCAAAGAUUUUGUUUGUAAGAACUUUCCAUUAAUCAGUCUUGAAUAUCAUAAGAGUCGCGAAAUUUCUGAUUUUCACAAAGGUGUUUACGAAUUGUUGAUGAGUGAAGUUUUGAGUUCAUUAAAUUCAGAGUUCAUUGUUUUAGAAGAAAUGGUUUCAUGGAUGAGUUUUUCGACAGAAAUCAAAGACCAGAAGAGUUCUAUUGAUGAUUACAGUCCAAUUUAUUUCACCCUUUGUUCCCGUUCAUUUCCAUUUUAUCCCCCUCGUUUGUUAUCCCCAUCAUAUUUCAGUCGUUGUGAAAUCGAAUACGAUUAUUACAGCAAGCAAGCAGUUGCAACACAUCGAAACGACAUUACUGAUUUAUUCUUGAAGAUCCACAACAACGAAGGUAAUUUGCUCUAUAAGUUUAAUACCGAAUUAUCACGUUUUUCACAGAAAUUGCAUUGUUCCGUUUUUUUCUUCGAAACAUCAUUUGAUGUUGUCACAUUUUCAGAACUUCAACAUGAUAAAAUGAUUCUUCAAGAUUUAGGUCAUGAUGAAAUGAAGAAUCUUAUCAACGAAUCUAUUCAAGGUGACUGGGGCAGUACAUCCAUUUUUGCUGGUCGAAUUGUCAUCAGCGUCAAAUACUCACAAUUAAUUUAUGUUCAUAAGAAUGAACAAAAAUAUAUUUUUUGGGGUUUCGAAUGUGGUAGUUUUAUUUUAACAUUUUGUAAACAGAAUUCAGAUGAAAUCAGUCCAUUUUUCAGUAAGAUCAUCGAAAAGUGUUUAGAUUCACUUCCUCCUUUCCCAUUCAUUCAUCGUGUUAAAUCUAUUGAAGAAUCACUCCAAAAGUU